UCCGUUGCAUUGACAAAUGACCGGGACUGGUGGUUUGAGGUGCCAGUAAAAUAUGAUAAAUCAUGCCAUUCAUCGAAAUGCCAUUCAUGGUAUCGAAAAUUAUAAUGUGUAUACUUAUUUUUAAUACUAGACCAUAAGGAUCUGUUACCAUGUCGGAAAUCUGGAAAGUAUUUUUUCCUUUUCAACUGAAGUCAGCACAGCAUGGAUAUCUUGUUGGUUCUGUUUGUGAGGAAACAAGACAUGUGUAUGCACACUGUGUCAUCAGCAACAGCAAAUUGAAGAAAUCAAAUAAGGAGAACAAAAUCGUUCCGGGUACUUCGUUGUUUUCUCAACAGAUCAUUGGAAUCUGGAACAGUUUGGCAUCUGAUCAUACUAUAAAGUCUAGCUGUGCUCACAUUCCAAAUUAUGAGGGCAGUUAUGUUUGGGUGAUUGCACAAGAACAAGUGUCACAAUGUCUUUCAUGUGAUUUAUUCACCUGCAGAAAAGGUGCAAGUCUAAAACUGAAGUGUCACUGUAUUCUUUACAAUCCUAUAGAUGUUUUAUCCUCCUAUCUCAUCUGCAGCAAAUCAAAGCGUUUUCUAGAGUGUGAUCAACAAAACCCUGUCAGUGAACAUGGCAAUGAAACCUUAUUGCAAAAUAAUUUUGAAAUACAACACAGAUCCAGUCAUCAGGUUGAAAAUGUUGCAAGUUUGGUUGCUGGCUUAACAUCAUUUGAACAUAGUCAUACAUUGGAGCUAAGCAAUAGUGAUGUAGUCGCAUCCUGGCCAAGAGACACUGGUUAUUUUCUUUUUUAUUUGUCAGUGUGGUUGAACUCUGUUGUUCAGAACCUUUCAGGAAUUUUACCAUAUGUUGGAGGAAUGUUUGACAAUCUAUGUGUGAAGUAUCCAAAGAUAAAUUAUCUGUUAGAUGUACCAAGUUUAACUCGUCAACUACGACUGCGAUAUCACCAGAGAAAAAAUGUGACAGCUUUUUUGUCUCAUGACAAUUCUGUAAACAAGUUAUUGUACGCUGAUGUUUGUUGGCAGCAGCUGGUGGACACUGUGCUAGGUGUGUUGUUAAUGGUGUUCAUUAUGCAGGCAGGAAUGGCAGACAAUAUCGCUCAUAUUGUCAUGAUGUGGGCAGAGGAAGUAGGAAGAUCACUGACAAAUUUGAUAAACUGGCUGAUGGGUGCCCCAGCUGGACUUAAACUCAACUCACAACUAACACAGUUCCUUGGACAUUUUUUUCUUUAUCAUAUCUAUCUUUGGACAGGUUACUUAUCAAUAUUGCGUCCUGUCCUCGGCAGUCUUCUCUACUACAGCAGCUCUCUGGGACUGUUGGGAUUUUCUGUACAGCUGUGCCUUAUACAGGACAUCUUGUCCAUGCUGACUCUCCAUAUCUAUUGUUUCUAUGUAUAUGCAGCUAGGUUGUACAGUCUGCAGGUGUUCACCCUGGCUUCUCUGUGGCGAUUGUUCCGAGGCAAGAAGUGGAAUGUACUCCGCCACCGUGUUGACUCGGCUUCAUAUGACGUAGACCAGCUGUUUGUCGGAACCUUGUUCUUCACUCUGAUGCUUUUCUUGUUGCCCACCAUGCUACUCUACUACAUUGUAUUUCUUGUUUUGAGACUUGGAGUUUUAUUUGUCAAAGGUGUCUUGUCAACCUUUGUCACAAUAAUCAAUGCUACACCAGCUUUUACACUCAUCCUCUGGAUAGUCAGGUCAAAAGCUGUUUCUGGUGAUGUCAAAUUCACAGUUGUGCCAAAUUCACAGACCGAAAACACAUUGAUUUUAACGAUGCAGACUUCGCACCUUUCACUGACCAAACUGUUGAAAACAACAAAGAUCUCCCCACCUUUGGAAUUGCAGCAAGAGAAACAUUCAGUGGCAACACUGCUUCACAACAUGGUGAACGGUGAACUCAUUUAUCCAUGGAUUCCCAUUUCAUCCUUUCAGAAGAAAGAAAAAACAAAAUGACUAUAACAUGAUAUACAUCUGAGAUGUUCAACUAAUGUCUUUAAUAUACAUUUCUAAAUACAAUUUCUUUCUUGAAUACGUUCUGAUGCUGCAUGGAUGUUCUUUUUGUUAUUAAAAGUGCUUUUCAAACAAA